AUAAUUAAUAUGUGUGGAGUUCCUUCUUAAAAGAAGAAAAAAAGUGAUUAUUGGAACUAUGGAUCGGAGCAAACGGAAUUCAAUUGCAGGAUUUCCUCCACGUGUGGAGCGUCUUGAAGAUUUUGAAGGAGGCGGUGGAGGGGAUGGGAAUGUGACCCAGGUGGGAAGAGUCUGGCCAUCUUCAUAUCGAGCUCUUAUAAGUGCCUUUUCCAGACUGACACGUUUGGAUGAUUUCACCUGUGAGAAAAUAGGGUCUGGCUUCUUCUCUGAAGUGUUCAAGGUGCGCCACCGAACUUCUGGUCAGGUGAUGGCUCUUAAGAUGAACACAUUGAGCAGUAACCGGGCAAACAUGCUGAAGGAAGUACAGCUCAUGAAUAGACUCUCCCAUCCCAACAUCCUUAGGUUCAUGGGUGUAUGUGUACAUCAAGGACAGUUGCACGCACUUACAGAGUAUAUCAACUCUGGAAACUUGGAACAGUUACUAGACAGUAACCUGCAUUUGUCCUGGACUGUGAGAGUAAAACUGGCCUAUGACAUAGCAGUGGGCGUCAGCUACCUUCACUUCAAAGGCAUUUUCCAUCGGGACCUCACAUCUAAGAAUUGCCUGAUAAAGAGGGAUGAGAAUGGUUACUCUGCAGUGGUGGCCGACUUUGGUCUAGCUGAGAAGAUCCCUGAUGUCAGCAAGGGGAGAGAGAAGCUAGCCGUGGUGGGCUCACCCUUCUGGAUGGCACCUGAGGUUCUUCGAGAUGAGCCCUACAAUGAGAAGGCGGAUGUGUUCUCUUAUGGCAUCAUCCUCUGUGAGAUCAUCGCACGCAUCCAGGCUGAUCCCGACUAUCUUCCCCGCACAGAGAACUUUGGGCUGGACUAUGAUGCUUUCCAGCACAUGGUGGGAGACUGUCCCCCGGAUUUCCUGCAGCUCACCUUCAACUGCUGUAAUAUGGACCCCAAACUGCGUCCAUCCUUUGUGGAGAUUGGGAGGACCCUGGAGGAAAUUCUGAGCCGCCUACAGGAGAAAGAGCUGGAGCACGACAGGAAGGUGCAGCACACAGCCAAGGGACUCAUGGAGAAAGGACCUGGAGUGAAGCGAUUGAGCACACUGGAUGACAAGAUCCCCCCCAAGUCUCCAUGUCUAAGACGUACUAUCUGGCUGUCUCGCAGUCAGUCAGACAUCUUUUCCCGUAAGCCUCCACGUACAGUGAGCGUCUUGGACCCCUACUAUCGGCCACAACGAGGUGCUGCUGCCCGCACCCACAAGGUCAACCCUUUCAGUGCUCGCCAGGACCUCAAAGGUGGCAAGAUCAAGUUUUUUGACCUGCCUAGCAAGUCUGUCAUCUCCCUGGUGUUUGACCUAGAUGCACCAGGGCCUGGAACUAUGCCCCUGGCUGAUUGGCAGGAACCUCUGGCCCCACCUGCUCGACGGUGGCGUUCUUUGCCUGGUUCACCGGAGUUCUUGCAUCAGGAAGCCUGUCCAUUCAUGGGCCGGGAGGAGUCAUUAUCUGAUGGGCCCCCACCACGACUCAGUAGUCUAAAGUACAGAGUAAGAGAGAUUCCGCCAUUCCAGGCAUCUGCCCUACCAGCUGCUCCAGCCCAUGAGGCCAUGGACUGCUCCAGUGCCCAAGAAGAGAAUGGUUUUGGGCCCAGGAUUCAAGUGGCCAGUCCAGGCCCUCCAGGUGUCUCUGAGGAGAUGGAGGUUGAAGAAGAAAGGCCAAUAUGCGUGGCCCCAGUCCCUUUCUCCAGCUCAGGCACAGGCCAGCAAAGCCAGGGAGAGCAGGAUGGGUGAGGGGGUUAGUCCCCUGCUCACCUUGAGGAUGGACCUUCAGCUGAAGCACUGCC